UUUAGCGUCCACAAAGCCUCAUCUUCAUCUUCACCAUCAACUUCUUUAUAACCAUUAGCUCUCCUUUCUUCUCCUGUGUGAAAAACCAUGGAUGAGUUUGUUAACCUAAAGGCAACCGAGCUGAGGCUGGGACUACCAGGAACAGACAAUGUAUGUGAAGAAAGAGAAAGAGUUUCUUGCAAUAAAAGAACAUUACAAGGUGUCACUGAGAAUGAGACUGAAUCAUCAAUGAUGAAAACGGGAACGUGCCCUCCACGAAAGGCUCAGAUUGUUGGAUGGCCACCAGUUAGGUCAUCCAGGAAGAACAUCAUUCAGACUAAGAAGAAUGAAUCUGAUAGUGAGGGUGGUCGAGGAGUCUAUGUGAAAGUAAGUAUGGAUGGUGCACCAUACUUGAGGAAAAUAGAUUUGAGUUGUUACAAAGGAUACAAAGAGUUGCUGAAAGCUUUAGAGAUAAUGUUUAAUUUCUCUGUUGGAGAGUAUUUUGAGAGAGAAGGAUAUAAAGGUUCAGAUUUUGUGCCUACUUAUGAAGAUAAAGAUGGUGACUGGAUGCUCAUUGGAGAUGUUCCAUGGGAGAUGUUUGUGUGUACUUGCAAGAGACUGAGGAUCAUGAGAGGAUCAGAAGCCAAAGGUGUAGGAUGCGGUGUAUGAGACAAAGCUACAAGAACCUAAAGAGAGCAGAGUUUCUUUUGGUAAAAAAAAAUCUCUUUGUGCUUGGGUUGUCGGGGAAGAUCUAUGUUCAGGAUACCUCAUCGGUGAAACUCGAAUGUAGAGAUGCUUAAUGGU